CUGUUGUCGACCAUCAUCGAGACUACUUCGCUUGCACCACUGCAGCGUACCAGUGAGACAGGACCAUGUCCACCUUCAGCAACAGCAUGUCUCCACCACAGCGAAGAGCACAUGCCACCAGGCGAGUCUUUGCACCAGUUCAUGUGUGCCUAACCGCUAAUUCGCUGUGCUGAACAUCUCAGUCGUGCGAGCAAUGUCGGACUUGCCUGCAGCUUAUGCCGCUCGCGUAAAGUGCGAUGUGAUGGGAAGCUGCCGGCCUGCCAACGAUGCGUAAAGGACGGCCAAGAUUGCGAAUACGCUACAGAGCGCGCUCGGCGGCCAUUGAAGGACCAGAUUCAAAACUUACGCCAACGCGUUGCCGACCUAGAGAGCCAACUCGAUGCUUCCCGUAGGAGUUCUAUCAGUGUAGACCCACAAGGAGUGAGGGAGGAGCCCGAUGAGUCACGGCCUAUCAUCAUGGCGACGGGGAGUAUGAGCUUGAAUGCUGAAGGGAACCUUGUGCAUGCUGGAUCCAGCUCGACAUUCUUCUGGUUCAUGAAGAAGCGCGCUAUGGAGAACCUCCCACAAGCUCAUCCGCCGACUCUGUCAUACCUUUUCCCCCCGCAUCUACCGGUCACUCUGUCUCCCAGUAUGCACGAUCGGCUCAUCAACCUCGCUUUCCAAUCGCAGCUCGAAUUCGGCAGGAUUGUCGACCAAACGUUAUUCCGAGCAGACCUCGAAGAGAAUCACAACUCUCGAACGCCCUCCUACUCCCGUUUCCUACACCUUAUAAUACUAGGUCACGGCUGCCGGUAUAUUGACGACCUGCAACCAUCACUUAGCAUAGAUGGGACAUAUGAGAACCGGGGCGACAUUUUUAUAUCUGCUGCGAAAGCUCUAGUUGCCGCCGAGAUGGAAGCGCCAUGUCUCAGCUCGAUACCUGCGUUUGCACUGCUGGCAAUCUAUGUUGGCAACAUGCGCCAAGAUCAUCUCGCUUUCACAUAUCAGGGCAUCGCUGUAGUUAUGGCGGAAGAAUUUUUGUUGGACCAGCGGGUCUCAGAUCAUGUCGUCACAAUGAGUGAUUCCGAUCGGCGACUGGAACGCUAUCGCCAAAUGACAUAUUGGGUUCUCAGUGUAGUCAGCUCCUGGCAUUUCUGCGUUUUUGGCAGAGUCCACCAUUGGCCAGGACCAGUACAGCACAUCGAGAUUCCCUUCAAAGGCAGCUCGUUGCAAGUUGACCCCAUCAGCUUGGUUGAUCUCGCAUUCAAGUAUCAUUGCCGGCUAUCGAAAAUUGCGGGCAGAAUCGUAUCACAAAUAUACAAUCGUGCGGAUGACCGUCGUCAAUAUCUUGUCAAGCUCGAUCAGGAAUUGGUCACCUGGUGCGCUGCGUUACCUCAGCAGCUCAAGCCAGAUGGUUUUGCGAGCAAUCCAGUACCACACGUUGUCGCACACUGGGCAUUCAUUUGCGUGCAUACAAUCAUCCUACACCGUCCAUUCUUUAUCUCUCUUGGUGACCAUGCAAGUUCGGAUCUUUCUAUGGAUCGCUGCGUGACAGCAGCGUCCGACAUCCUAUGGCUCAUGCGACUCUCGGCGGUAUACGGCGAAGCGCGAAAUUGUUCAGCAUUCUACUACGCCAUUUUCUGCGCUGCCUCAGUAUGGAUUCUGCUUGCUGCCGGCGUCGAUCGCCGGGGAUCCGAUCAAGAGCAGCAGGCUCGCAGUAACACUGGUUUAGCAAACACCAAGGACACCAUCAGUUUUCUGAAUAGAGCGGGCAAGGUGUGGCCUUCAGCCAUUGAUAGCGCAAACUCUCUGAGGGAGCUGUUGAUUGAAUAUACCGGCAUUACGAUGUAAUUGUGCUACGUCUGUGGAAUCCAACAUGCAUCCUGGGGGAGCCGCCCAUUCAGUUGUCGCGCAAAUCACGUUCUGUGUUCU